AUGAAAGCUCAACUCCUCUGCCUCAUUCUUCUCCCCACACUUAUCUUCGCCUUCAACAGGCGUCAUGAGCACGGCGAACGUGCUCAUCGUCUUCUAAUCCGAGGAACUGGCGCCAAAUGUCAGCGAUUCUGCACUUACCGAGUUGGCGACGUCAAAAAACAGUUUCCUUUGAAAAAAUUGGACUCCAAAAUGUGCUCACACUUGGUUCUGAGUAGCGCUGAGAUUAUGGUAAGUGAUUUUUUUGGAGAAGAAAAAAUUUUUUGGAAAAAAUUUUGAAGAAGUUUUGGAAGAUUAUUUUGGCCAUAACUCCACGGAAAAUUAUGGAUUUUUGGUGAAAAUUAUAUCAAAAGGACCAUCAUGGCAGCUAUUUUCUAGCUUGAAAAAAUGAAAACUUAUUGUAAGCCCUAAGGGCUUGAAAAUUCCUAAACAAGCAAAAAAGCCAAAAAUGAUUAGAUUUUUUGGAAAAACUAUUUAUUUGUAAAAAGCCUCAGGGCGUGAAUGUUUUGUGGUCGAUAUAGCUUUAAAAUAGACACUUCAGAGGUUCAUUUGAGCCAUUACUUGUUAAAAAUAAUUAAUUUUCAACUGAGUUAUGGCCAAAAUAAAUUUUUUAGUCUAUCUUUUUACUCUUGCAAAACCACAAUUUUUUAAUCACUUUUCUUCAGCUGAACGGCGAUGUCUUGAUCUCAGAGCCCCUCUCCAAAGUCAUCGAGGAAUAUAAGAAAUGGCCUGAAGUCAAGAAGCCAGUCCUAAUUCUGUCAAUUGGCGCCAAUACGGACGAGAAAGUGUGGAGAAGAGUGGUCCAAAGUAGCUUCGUCCGAAGAAGACUGGUCCAAAGAUUGGCUCAGGUGGGUAAAAUACGUUGAACACACGUAUGCGUCCGUAAAAAUGUUGAAAAAAUCAAAUUCUGAAGAAAAAAAUAAAAAAAAAAAUAAUAAAAAAAUUUCAAAAUCAAGAUAUUUUUUCAGGCGAUGUAUUCAUAUUUUUUCCCUAAAAAUUUGCACAUGAGUUCUGAAUUGACCACAAAUAACUCCCAAAAAGUUUUAGCUCCCACUUUUCAGCGGCAGCCGUGGUAUUCAACGGUCUUGUUUGCGAAAUAGCGUGCAAAAUGAGGAGAGUCGGCUAGAGCAAAAACGGCUUUCGCUUGUAACUUUUUUGUCUCUGCAUGGAAAAGCCUAGUUUGUUGUAGAAAAAUUGUAGAUCAUAGGAGUAAUUGAAUAGGUAACUUUUCAAGUGAAUCAUGAAAAAUUUUUUUUUGUUAUUUUUUUGACAAUUUUGGAUAUAAAAAACCGUUAAUUUUUCGCUUGAUUAUAGACUAAAUUUCUCUUGCAUGCCUCAUAAAAGCGAGUUUUAAGUUUUCAACUACAGAAGAAUUUUUUUUUCAUUUUUGUAAAAUACGAAGUUCUGUUCUACUGUCUUAUUUAAAAACACUUUUUUUCAAAAAAAAAAAUAUUUUUUUUCAGCUCUACACUUCCCUGGAUGUUGAUGGAAUCUCGAUUGAUUGGAUUCAAGGAGAAGUCUCGAACCGCGACUCCUUCGCCAAGCUCUUCAGUGAGCUUCGAAGACAAGAGAAAUUCCCGGAAUUCGCGGUUUUGGCAGCCACGAUUACUGAUGAAUCCACAACGAAGGAUGGGUAUGACAUCACUGUGCUGAAUAGGUAAGAAAAUCAUUUUAAAAGAGAGUUUUUUACAACUCGAAGGAUGGCCCGGACAUUUCGAAAAAACGACCGGCCCAGAAUCUUUUGAUAUUCUGCAUAGUUGUUGUACCAUGAUAGCUGAACGUCAGCACGAAUUUUUAGUUUCAGAAAUUACCGUAUACGGGGGUUACGGUAGGCACAAUUUUUAGAAAGAUUGGGUUCGUAUGUAAAACCCUCAAGGAGUAAAGGCACAAAACCUCGCCGUUUUACGUUUUUGACUAUGGGGAACAUUUUCAUAAUUGACAACUUUGCCGUAGGAUGUUGCCUUUGACUACUUUGAAAAAUACGAAGGUACCAUAUUGAAUGUAACUUUUUUGCAGAGAACUUGUCUCAACUUUUGAAACCUCUUAAAAACACUAUGACAUGUAUGUAACAACAUAUCAAAAAUUUAGGAAAAUAAAAGGGGGGGUUUUGGAGUUACGGUACUUUUAAUGUUGGACAUACAGUACACCUCCAUUUAUUCUCGGCUUAACUUUACGCAGAUUAUUUUAAAAACAAAAUGUAAUGUUUUAUCUAUGUUGUACGACCCUCACAACCUAUUUUCACAAAAAAAUUCAAAAAAACUAGACCUAAGCAUACUGUAACAUAUCGUGCGCAGAUGACUGGUUACUGUAACAGCAAGAUCAGUGAUUUCUUAAUUUUUUUGUAACAAUUGACACGGUUUAGAGACGUGUGUGCCAUACGACGGUGGAAUCUAUCAAAAUCGGACGUCAGCAUCACAGAAAAAGUUCGGUGUACUGUAUGUCCAACAUACAAAGUACCAUAACUCCAAAACCCCCCCCCCCUUUUAUUUUCCUAAAUUUUUGAUAUGUUGUUACACAUAUGUCAAGGUGUUUUUGAAAGGUUUCAAAAGUUGAGACAAGUUGAAUGCCGGAAAGUUAUAUUGACCGUGGUAUCUUGACGUUUCUCAAACCGGUCGAAGGCUACAUCCUAGAAGAAAACCGUUAAUUACAAAAAUGUUUCCCAUGGUCGAAAACGUAUAUUGACAAGGUUUUCGGUUGUCCUACACCGAUUUUGAAAGAAAUAAAAUUUUGAUGUACCGUACCGGCAACAUUAAAAGUACCGUAACUCCAAAACCCCCCCCUUUUAUUUUUCUAAAUUUUUGAUAUGUUGUUCCAUACAUGUCAACGUAUUUUUGAGAGGUUUCAAAAGUUGAGACAAGUAGAAUGCCGAAGAAUUACAUUACACAUGGUAUCUGGGUCAUUUUCGAAGUAGGCGAAGACUACAUCCUACAGAAAAAGUGUCAAUUACAAAAAUGUUCGCCAUGGUCGAAAACGUUUUUUGGCAAUUUUUGCGGGUCUUCUACACCGAUUUUGAAAAAAAUAAAAUUUUUAUGUACCGUACCGGCAACAUUAAAAGUACCGUAACUCCAAAACCCCCCCUUUUAUUUUUCUAAAUUUUUGAUAUGUUGUUCCAUACAUGUCAACGUAUUUUUGAGAGGUUUCAAAAGUUGAGACAAGUAGAAUGCCGAAGAGUUACAUUACACAUGGUAUCUGGGUCAUUUUCGAAGUAGGCGAAGACUACAUCCUACAGAAAAAGUGUCAAUUACAAAAAUGUUCGCCAUGGUCGAAAACGUUUUCUGGCAAUUUUUGCGGGUCUUCUACACCGAUUUUGAAAAAAAUUAUUUUUUGAUAUACCGUACCGGCAACAUUCAAAGUACCGUAUCUCCAAAACCCCCCCUUUUAUUUUCGCGCAUUUUUGAUAUGUUGUUACAUACAUGUCAAAGUGUUUUUAAGAGGUUUCAAAAGUUGAGACAAGUUCUCUGCAAAAAAGUUACAUUCAAUAUGGUACCUUCGUAUUUUUCAAAGUAGUCAAAGGCAACAUCCUACGGCAAAGUUGUCAAUUAUGAAAAUGUUCCCCAUAGUCAAAAACGUAAAACGGCGAGGUUUUGUGCCUUUACUCCUUGAGGGUUUUACAUACGAACCCAAUCUUUCUAAAAAUUGUACCUACCGUAACCCCCGUAUACGGUAAUUUCUGAAACUAAAAAUUCGUGCUGACGUUCAGCUAUCAUGGUACAACUACUAUGCAAAAUAUCAAAAGAUUCUGGGUCGGUCGUUUUUUCGAAAUGUCCGGCCCUUGUUAUGAGAAGCUUCAAUCUGUAAAAAACUCUCUUUUAUACUGGUUGACAAAAUUUUCUUUCCACCUCGUAUCUCGGGAACCGCUGGGCCUAGAACCUCCAAAUUCGGCAUAGAAACAUCCUAGGACAGUCUAACACUAUGCCCAAAAAAUCAUAUCAUUUGAUGCACUUUACAUGCCCUUUUUCCAAAAAAGGCAAAAACCCGGAUGACAAAAUUUUCUUUCCACCUUGGAAAAAACGUUUGUAACUCAUAAGCCAGAGGGUUUUAAGGCAUGAUUGUGGUAUCGUUGUGUUCGCGAAGAAGUCCUCUCUCGAUUGGUGUCACAACCUUACGGGGGUUUUAGUUUCUUCGCCCUUGGGCGUCGGCUCAUCGUUGCCUUGUCCAUUUUCAGCCAAAUUCAUGGCCAGAGGAGCUCGCAUAAGGCACAAGGAGAUGAAAAUGCCUUUAAAAAAUCUGGCAUUCAUGUUUGCAACAUUGUUUCCUCCGGCAGUAGAAUUCGAUUUAAUUUAAGUGCGUUGCAGGGGAAAACGCGCGCUUCCAGGGUUCUCGUUACCAGAAAAUUACGCUAUUAUGGGAACACUGCAGAUAAUUCAAGUAACUUUUCCUCCUUAUAUAUUUUCUAUGAUACUACAGAGUUAAAAAAUAGUGACGAUUUUAAUCACUGAUGUCGCGCUUAGAUGUGAGCAGAAGAAAGGUUCCAAACGCCCCAUACACAAAAUUUGCGACUCUAAGCUUUCUGCGCAAGCUAUUCGUCGUGGAAAAAACGUUGAAGGCCUGUCAAGGUCGAUGUAUUAAAGUAGUCUGGUAGCCAAAAGUCCCAAUAUACCAAGCUUAAGUAAUGCCAAGGCCUAGUGCAACAACCUGCGUUACUUGAGACAACAUAGACCAGAGAGGGGUAAGAUAAGCUGGUAGAUUUCAACACAUGUUGUCGUAUAAGCCCUAAAGUACGCCGUAUGUGGCGAAAAUGGAUGUAAUUUGGACGUUCCCAUUCUGUACAGAAGUGAUUCUUCGGUUUUGCGGACCCAGGCAGCGCUCAUUUUCCCCUGCAACGCACUUAAAUUAAAUCGAAUUCUACUGCCGGAGGAAACAAUGUUGCAAACGUGAAUGCCAGAUUUUUUAAAGGCAUUUUCAUCUCCUUGUGCCUUAUGCGAGCUCCUCUGGCCACGAAUUUGGCUGAAAAUGGACAAGGCAACGAUGAGCCGACGCCCAAGGGCGAAGAAACUAAAACCCCCGUAAGGUUGUGACACCAAUCGAGAGAGGACUUCUUCGCGAACACAACGAUACCACAAUCAUGCCUUAAAACCCUCUGGCUUAUGAGUUACAAACGUUUUUUCCAAGGUGGAAAGAAAAUUUUGUCAUCCGGGUUUUUGCCUUUUUUGGAAAAAGGGCAUGUAAAGUGCAUCAAAUGAUAUGAUUUUUUGGGCAUAGUGUUAGACUGUCCUAGGAUGUUUCUAUGCCGAAUUUGGAGGUUCUAGGCCCAGCGGUUCCCGAGAUACGAGGUGGAAAGUAAAUUUUGUCAACCAGUAUAAAUUUGAAAGGGAAUGUGUUAGUCUGUCGGGAAAAUAAUGCGGAUUUGUGGCUGCAAAGUGUCUUUCAUCCAUGGGUAACAGUUUUAGCCAGGCCAGUAUUUCGGAUUGUAAAAUACGACAUCGAGAUUAUUCGCAAAAUAUUUCCAAAAAACAGAGAAUAAAGUUAAAAAACUGAGGAAUCAAUUUGAAACCUGCAAAGAAAAUACUUUGCCAAAUUUGAACAAAGAAUUUUGAAACAGUAAAAAAGUAAAACACUUUCAAUUUUUAGCACCGCCAACUUCUUGAUCAUCGAAGGAAGCCGCCUUCAAAAGCAUGAGCAGAUCGUCACCAAGGGAGUGAAACAGCAAGAGCCCAAAAGAACUGUGGUAAGUUUUGGAGCUAUAGCUGUAUAGUUUGAGUAGUUUUGUCGUUGUACACAGGGCGGAGACUAUAAAAAAAUUUUUACUCACAGCUCAGAGUCAAUAAAUACAAGGUUGGCUAGAGCAAAAAUUUAAAAAAAAUUAGUCUGUUGUAAGUCUUCACCAAGUCUCCGCCGAGUCUCCGCCGAGAGUUCGCAAAGUUUCCAGUGGCUUCGAAAAGCCACGUAGGCCCCCCUUUCAAGCUUUUGCUGGGUCUAUGCCUUGUUUUUACCGCGUAUUCAUCGAGUUUGUUUUGACCCAAACUUUGGUUCUCCCGAAAAGUGCGGCCUUGAAAUUUUACGGAACAUUGCAUUGCCAAGUGUGUAAAAUUUAAAGCAAAUUUGGUCGUUAAAUCCAGAGCGCUUUACAACGAUUAGAAGUCGUAUCAUUUUGUCGGGAAAAUAAAGAGAAUAAUGCCGCCGAUCGCGUCGCUGAAGUGAAAAGCAAUUUGACUUUACCGCGACACAAUUUAUUUUCUCGGCGACGAUUUUCGAUACGGCGUGGAGCUCAUUAUUUUCCCAACAACCUGAUAUAAAGAACCAAAAAAAAAACGGUCUCUAUUUUCAGGAGAGCGUUGCCAUUGAAUGGGAAGCCUACGGAGUUCCGAAGAGAAAGCUGAUCCUCGGAUAUUCCGUUGCCACUCCAGCCAAGUUGGAAGAAGAGGAUGUAAGUGUCAUUCUACCACGUUUUAGCAACGCACACUGUCUAUCUUUAAUCUCUAGAGCCCUUAUUUAUCAUCAAAACCACAUAAAAUUGCUUACUAACCCUUAAAAAUCAAAAUUUUCAGGUGUGCGCGCUCCCUGCUGUUUCCGACGCCUCAUCAGAGCGCCAGAAGCCAAAUCGAGGAAUCGGCGUUGGCGUGCGCGCCUUCGCUGUGGGACCAAUUUCGCCGGAAAGUGCUCCAGUCGAUAGUCGCCGAGCCAUGAGACAGAAGACCCAAUGGGCGUCGCUGAAUCAGUUUGGCGGGAUUGCCUUGCGUGGAAUCGAAAACGACCGUGCUCAGUGCGCCACUGACUCAUUCCCGGUCCUCAGGGCCAUUGUGGAAUCGCAGACUUGCUAA